GAGAUGAUUUAAGUCCUGCCUGCUCCUCACAGGCAGUAUAAACAUUAGGGGUGACUGUCAGCUCUUUCUCUCUUCAGUGACUAAACCAGCACACAGUACCUGUUCCAGUGCAAGGCCAGUCUGAGCGGAGCAGCGCUCAUGCUGUGGGCUGCAGGGAGCACGUCCACCAGGAUCAGCAUCUCCUGAGCUACUCGGGGACACAUUCAGAGCUCAGUGCUGACACCAGGAGUCUCUUUCCCCCCAGGAGCUGCCACAGAGGACACGCUGCCAGCGGUCAGAAUACAAGCUCUCAGGGAUACCAUAAGGCUGCAGCCAAUGGCUGCCAGGAAGCCCCUGGAAGAUGUGUCUGAUCCCUCAGUUUUAGCCCAAGCUCACCUCUCCGGCCUGCAUGCUGGCUGGACAUCAGUGGUGACUUGAAGCGACUUGCUUGCUGGUCUAAAAACUGAGGGAAACCCUGAGGCAACAGAUGAAAAGACUACUUCAGACACCUUAGUCAGAAAAAGGAGAGGGCUUGGGGACCAGACACUCUAAUGCAUUCCCAAGCCUGACUCUGCCUCCACCUUCAUUGUGAAUGUUAUCAAUACAACAAGGGAAUAAGAAAAACAAGAAGGAAUGUGACGCUGUAAUAAUCGAUACAGUGGCAUAGGAAUAUCAUGUGACUAGAACGAAGUAUGCUUGUAAUGGGCAUGCAGACAGGGAGUGUAUGGAAUGCGUGACAACUGAAAAUAAAUAUUUCUACUAAAUCAAGCAUUUACUCCCUCGAUGAGUGCAUUGAACCACAAUGAGAAUCUGGCUGUUUUUAGCCCAGAAACCUUAAAAGGGCCCCGUUUUCUGGACACCCCUUCUUCAUUUUUCAUCCAGUCUCAUCCAGGGAGGCAUGUGUUUAUUGUCUUCUCUAGCCAGACAAUAUUAAUUCCUACAGUUGCCAGUCUUCAUAGGAGAGAGUAUACAGAUAUUUCACAUUCCAUUUAGUCCUGUGUAUAUGAUUUCCUUGGUUCCCACAGCUCAAGGUAUUCUAAUCCUUCAUGAUCAGAUAGGUCCAGGACUGCAGAUCCAGCUCAGUUUGAUUGCCAGCAGGCAAGCUGACAGAGGGACCUCCUCAUCAUGGCUGACUUCUUACAACAUUCCACUCAACUCCUGCUUCAGUUUUUGCUCAUGCCACCUUUCCCAUCAAUGCCACUUUAUAGACUACUCAGUCCUCCAGGUGACUUAUCUCUCCCAUAGGGUUUCUGUCCCCUUUUACACCCAAGCAUGAAACAGGGGAUGGGUGGGGUAUCAGGACAGUUGGGGUGGUUCAUAGAAAGUCCCAGGUGGAUAGUCCAGCAUGACUUUUUAGAGCAUAGGGAUCCAUGCCCCCUGCUGUAUCUACUCCCAUAAAAACAAAAAGAAAUCCUUUAACACAUUUCCAAUCAUUAAAAAUUUCUAUCUCCUAAUGAAAAAUAUACGGUAUCUUUUCUGAGAAGGGAAGGAGCCUCUCAUCCUUGUUUAGCUACCUCAUGUGAGAACCAAGGUCUCAUGGUGAUGUUUAAGGUUAUCAGAAGUGGAUUUUCUGGAGGGUUCCACAGAACAGGUGGAAAGGGGUGUGAGGGUAUGUGCUGGUGCUGUCUUCCUAGAUUUGCCACCAUGAAGAAGUAUUAUUUUCAUAACAUUACAAAUAGAGAAAACUAAAGCAAGAUAAACAAAGAAUAAUGUGGACAGGAAAGUUUGGAUAAAAGAAUCAGGCUUUGAAAUUAGUUGUAAGAAUGAAGAGUAUCUUAAAGAAGAAGGACUUUCCAAGAUAAGGGAAGAGACUGAGCAAGGGCAAAUUUUACAUCCAGGUCAGAAGUCUACACAAUGUCUGGACAGAAAGAGAAGGGCUGCUGGAUACAAUGCUGUGGCCAAGACUGAUGUUAUAUUUUUCCUUCCCUCUUCUCUUCUCCCCAUAGUGCCUUCUCCUGCUCCAGCCAUGGGUCAGUCCCCCUCUUCCCAACCCUCUCAUGGUGGUGAUUUGGCCUCCAGCUUUGAGAGGUUUUUUAAGGACUUCAAGAUGGAAAGCAAAAUCAUCUCUCAGGAAGCCAUCAAGUCAAUUCAAUCAAGCCUGAAAGUGGGGGACCUUCAGAGUGCAUGUUCUGUCAUCAAUAAUGCAUUGAGAGAUAUCAAUAAUGCCCCACUGAGCAUUGCUGUGACUGGGGAGUCUGGGACAGGGAAGUCCAGCUUCAUCAAUGCCAUACGGGGUUUGCAGGAUGAGGAGGAAGGGGCUGCCACUACUGGGCCGGUAGAGACAACCAUGGAGAGAACAAAAUAUGAACACCCAAAGCUUCCCAAUGUGACAUUAUGGGACCUUCCUGGCAUAGGGACCACUAAAUUUCCGCCUCAUGAGUAUCUGGAGAAAAUGAAUUUUAGGGAGUAUGACUUCUUUAUCAUCAUCUCUGCUACCCGCUUCAAAAGCAAUGAUGCACAACUGUCUUCAGCAAUUGAAAAAAUGAAGAAGAAUUUCUACUUUGUUCGAACUAAAAUAGACAGUGAUUUGAGGAACGUAAAAAGGUGUCAACCCAACAAAUUUAAUGAACAAGAAAUCCUGGAACAGAUCCGCAAUGACUGUGUGGAUAAACUUAAAGAGGCCAAUGUGAGUGAUCCUCAGGUCUUCUUAAUCUCCAGCUUUGAGUUGGCUGACUAUGAUUUCCCAAGGCUGGAGAGUAUCCUUCUGAGGGACCUCCCAGAGCAUAAGCGCCACAUCUUUAUGCAACACCUGCCGAAUAUUACUGAGGCCACCAUUGACCGUAAGAAGGAUUCCCUGAGACAGAAGGUCUGGCUGGAGGCCAUGAAGGCUGGAGCAUCGGCCUUUGUCCCUAUGAUGGGUUACAUCAGUGGUAACGAUAUGGAGACUUUAAAGGACUCUUUAACCCUCUACAGGGUUUUCUUUGGGCUGGAUGACUCAUCCCUGAAAAUCAUGGCCAAGGACUUGGAUGUAUCGGUGGAGAAACUCAAGGAAAACCUUAAGUUUCCCCAUUUGCUAUCAGUUGAGAAGGAUGAGGAAUCCUUAGGAGAAAAACUGCGGAGAUAUGUGGAAAAAUUCUGCGCUGUUAGUGGAGGACCCAUUGCCUCUGGUAUUUACUUUAAUAAGAUUUUCUACCUUCAAAAUUUUGUCCUUGAGACUGUGGCGAGUGAUGCAAAAGUUCUUCUUAAAAAACAGAUUUCUAAGGACUUUGAGGACUCUGGGCAAGCCUGUUUACCUCAGGAUGUUGGGAAUGAAAAUGGGAAAAGUAAGACAGCCAGCUCCUGAAUUAUUCUCAGUGCUGCUAUGGCACUGGUGCCUGGAAAGAUGACUUAGGGCUUCCUUUAAGCAUUCUGACCCACUGCCCUCAAGGGUAUCACAGACAUUUCUAUAAUACACUCUUAAUAAACCACUAACGUAAUGACUAUUAUUUGACAGUGAGAGCAAUGAGCUCUAAAGAAUCCUUCCUUUGUAUGAUUGUUUUGGGAAAAGUGAAGGACAGUAAUCUGGAAUUUUCUGAUUAGUGGAGAGAAUAACUCUUUGUGUGAUGGUUACUUCAUACACAGCACCGGUCUUUCUAUUGACAUACUAGUAAAAAAUGGCUAUGCACAGAGUGGGCUCUGAAAAUGAAUUUUGAAAUAAACGCAUGCAUAGUGCA